AUGGGCUCAGGCCACACGGGGACUUUCCAGCUGGCUGUGGGUGCUCGGCCGCCCUGGAAAAUCACUGACUUGUUUCCCUCAAGAAAAGGGCGGGCGGGCACUCACUGCCCCUUCCAUGGGUGCUUAAAGCCAGAUGACUGGGGCAGCCGCUGUGGAAGGCGAGCACUGUCAUCAGUGGUGGCCCUGGGAGCCAACAUCAUCUGCAACAAGAUUCCUGGCCUAGCCCCGCGGCAGCGUGCCAUCUGCCAGAGCCGGCCCGAUGCCAUCAUUGUGAUCGGGGAGGGGGCGCAGAUGGGCAUCAACGAGUGCCAGUACCAGUUCCGCUUUGGACGCUGGAACUGCUCUGCCCUCGGCGAGAAGACUGUCUUUGGGCAAGAGCUCCGAGUAGGGAGCCGUGAGGCUGCCUUCACGUAUGCCAUCACUGCGGCUGGCGUAGCGCACGCCGUCACUGCUGCCUGCAGCCAAGGCAACCUGAGCAACUGCGGCUGUGACCGCGAGAAGCAGGGCUACUACAACCAGGCCGAGGGCUGGAAGUGGGGUGGCUGCUCGGCCGACGUGCGUUAUGGCAUCGACUUUUCCCGGCGCUUCGUGGACGCUCGGGAGAUCAAGAAGAACGCGCGGCGCCUCAUGAACCUGCACAACAAUGAGGCCGGCAGGAAGGUUCUGGAGGACCGGAUGCAGCUGGAGUGCAAGUGUCACGGCGUGUCUGGCUCCUGCACCACCAAGACCUGCUGGACCACGCUGCCCAAGUUCCGAGAGGUGGGCCACCUGCUGAAGGAGAAGUACAACGCGGCCGUGCAGGUGGAGGUGGUGCGGGCCAGCCGCCUGCGGCAGCCCACCUUCCUACGCAUCAAACAGCUGCGCAGCUAUCAGAAGCCCAUGGAGACGGACCUGGUGUACAUCGAGAAGUCGCCCAACUACUGCGAGGAGGACGCGGCCACGGGCAGCGUGGGCACGCAGGGCCGCCUCUGCAACCGCACGUCGCCCGGUGCGGACGGCUGUGACACCAUGUGCUGCGGCCGAGGCUACAACACCCACCAGUACACCAAGGUGUGGCAGUGCAACUGCAAAUUCCACUGGUGCUGCUUCGUCAAGUGCAACACUUGCAGCGAGCGCACCGAGGUCUUCACCUGCAAGUGAGGCUGGGCCCGGAGGCGGCCGCGGGCACCCCAGACACCCAGCGGCAUUUUGCACAUCCAUCCUCGCCUUCCCUGCCUUGGUGCUGCCAGCGGCAGGCAGAGGCGGGUGCAGAAGCGGGGAGCUCCACGUGCAGGAGGACACUGGCCGGGGCCCACGCCCUCUACCCACCUCCCUGGGGCUCCUUCCUGCCACCUCCUCCCAUCACCUCCUGCUCCCCGACGGGGCCCAGCAAGUUCCCUUUCUUCUCUCUGGGAAAAUGAACCUCCAGGACACAUGUGUAUCCCAGAGAGCAAAGUGACGACGAGACUGAGCGUCCCCUGCCCCACCUGGCAACAUGGACACAGAAAAGCUACGCUGGCUGGCCCCUCAAGACCGAUUCCCAGGCCGAGUCUGCCGCUGGGCCCUGGGGCGGUGGGGACAGAUGUUGACACAAAUUAUUUAUGUUUUCUUAGUAUCAGAAGAGGAUUCUCAGCACUAAUGCGUAGCCAGUCGUAACUCCGUACUUUGUGUCAGCCCAUCCCCUCAACACCCUUUCUGUUUCCUUUCCCAGCCCCACCUGGCUGGCCCUCUGCCCCUGCAGAGCGGAGGCAGCCUGGGGUUGAUGGGGACCACGCAGUGCCUGCGGGUUCUAGAAGUAAGCUGGGCAGGGGCGCGUCGGACCACACAGCCCUGACCAGGCCUUGGAGGAGAGCCAUGGACAGGCUCCUCCAGGCCAUCUUUCCUUCUUUUGAAAAUCCUAUCAAUGGCUGGGCGUGGUGGCUCAUGCCUGUAAUCCCAGCACUUUGGGAGACUGAGGCGAGUGGAUCACCUGAUGUCAGGAGUUUGAGACCAGCCUGGCCAACAUGGUGAAACCCUGUCUCUACUAAAAAUACAAAAAUUUGCUGGGCAUGGUGGCGGACACCUGUAAUCCCAGCUACUUGGGAGGCUGAGGCAGGACAAUUGUUUGAACCCAGGAGGUGGAGGUUGCAGUGAGCUGAGAUUGCGCCACUGCACUCAAGCCUGGGUGACAGAGCGAGACUCUGUCUCAAAAACAAACAAAAAAAAGAAAAGAAUAUCAAGCAAAUCAAAAUGUCACCCAUGCCAGGUUCCAGGAGUGUGUUGUUCCCUCCCUCAUGCUGUCGCCCUCCCGGCCUGGCACCUCCAGUUUACAGAGCCCCCUUCCCCCUGGAGCCAGCCUGACCCCUGGGACAGUGCCGCCGCGGGGUGGGCAGGCAGGUGGUGAGUGGUCAGGGAUGUUUGUCCCAUUUGACAGAUGGGGACUCUGAGGCCCAGAGUGGCACAAGGACCUGCCAGAGACCCUGCAGCUGUGAGUGGAGGCUUACACCUUUCUCCUGUCCAGCCUGGGGCUCUGGACCCAGGAGAACACAUCAGGAUGCCCAGGGUGGCAAGAGGUGGCUCCCAUGCCUUGAGGCACUCGGCUGCUCCCUCCUUGCCAUGACAGCCUCACUGGGGCUUGCACUCCCCUCGGUGCCUUUGAGGGUUUGUCUGGCCCUGUCCUAGUCCUUUCACCUUGACUCCAAUGUUGAGAAAAUCUGUAUCCAGAGUUGGACGUGUCCUUUCUGGACGCUCCCACCCCUGUCUCUGAGGAGCGUGAGUGACAGAGGGAGGAACUCGUCCGAGGCCAGAGAGGAUAGUCUGCAGCUGGCUCCUGGUGCACCCUCCACUGCCCACAGCCUGGCCCCCAUUUAGGGUGUGUUCUCUUGGAAGUCUGUGGGAAUGUGUUCUUGAGCAGCCGACAAGCCAAGGGCCUGGGCCCAGCCUGGGGCAAGUGAGUCCCUCCUGGGCUCUGACCCUGUGGUCCAGCCCAUGUGCCCCUAACCAUGCCUGGAUGCUGUGAGUCUCUGGGCCACCAUGAAUACCCCACCCUCAGCCUGGCGCCAUCCCCUCACCCUCCCCAAGUCCCAGAACACCCCUGAGUCCAUAGGCCCGGCAGCCACUGCAAGGAACCUGGUUAACUUAUGAUGUUAUAUAGCGUCGAAAUGUCUAUAGUGUCUUUAAAUUAUUGUGACCUACACUGGGUACUGGAGUGGGGGAUGGCUGCGGCCCCAUCCCUCAUCCCCCAUCCCAUCCCCCAUCCCUAUCCCCCAUCCCUAUCCCCCAUCCCUAUCCCCCAUCCCUAUCCCGCAUCCCCAUCCCCCAUCCCAUCCCCCAUCUCCCGAACCAGGCUCCUCCUUCUGCUUGAACAGACCCUCGGGGCCCCUGAUGCCACCGAGCCACUCGCACUGUCCCUUGGCUGCUGGGCACCCCACUGAGCCCCUGCCCACCCCGAAGUCUGUCAGCAACAGGCCCUUUGCCUGGGUGAGACGGGGGUCAGGGUGGCCCAGAUGGGGGUGAUGGCGACCAAGGUGCUGCAUCCCGCCCUUCUGACAGCAGCCUCCCCUGGAGGGGAGUGCUCAGCCCAAUAAAAGCUGGAAUCAGAAAA